AUGGCCGAACCGUCGAUCACAAACUUCCUCCUCCGCUCCCUCCUGCCCCCGGACGCCGCCGACUUCAUCCACAAAAAUGCCCUCCACCCGUCCUCGCCCGUCCAGCAGCUAAAAGGCCACGCCCUAGCCGCCGCCUCCCGCGCCUUCGACGAGCUGUACCCGUACCUCGCGCCCGCCGUCGACGCGACGCUCGACUUUUUACACUCGUCGCCCGAGCUCGUGUCUUUCGCGGUGCUGCUCGCGCUGCUGGCUGCCACGGUGAUUGUGCUCAACUGGAUCCGGCGUGUCGUUGCGUUUUGGACGGCGCUGGUGCUGCGGCUCGCAUUUUGGGGCGGUGUUGUUGUCGUUGUCGCGGCCGUGUGGCAGAGGGGCGUCUUUGAGACGGCGAGAGACGCUGUCGUUGUGGGCGGGAAAGUUGUGGGCUUUGCGGCUGCUGCGAAGGAUGUGUGGGUGAGCGAGUAUCGGAGGUAUGAGGAGGAAACGAAGAUCCAGGGUAACAAAUAUCGGUAA